CUGAAAAUUCAAUCCGAGUAUCUAGCACUGUCUCAGAUAGUGUUCCAUCUGCUACAUCUGUUGAUGUUGGAGAGGUUAAACUAACAUAUCCAGUUGGUUCGUCCUCAGCGACCUCAGAGAUCUUAGGAAGCCUAGAGCCAUCAGGAAAGAAUGAGCAUUUAUUCUCAAGUGUCCCGUCCUUUGAUGUUGACAGAACUACCGAGCCUUCCGAAUCAGCUGCAGCAGAUACUAUGCAACCAUCAGUUAUGGUUGCGGCUUCUAAUGGAAGUGACGGUUCACAUUCUGUCUUUGGAAAAUCAGCCAGCGAGAAUGCAGACAUAUUCUCAGGAUUGGAAUGUCUUGACGAUCAUCUUACCCAAACUACAAGUGGUACAGUGCCUGCUUCCAGAAAGUCCCCUGAAAAGGCCAAUGAGGGAAACUGUGGUGAUCUGACACAUUGUACUGUUGAGUCUUCAGAAUUCUUAGCAUGUGAUGUUGAAGAAGCUCAAACUGUUUCUGAUUAUUGUGCAACCCAAGAUCCAGUAUCCAGCACAGAAGCUGCUAUAUCCAACGAACAUGGUGAUAUCCGGUUAGAAACAAAGGUAAAGACUCGUGCUUUGAUAGAAGACUCUUGUUGAGUAAUGUCUCUGAUUAAUAGUAUCGUUUAUGAUUACAUUCAGGAGUUUAAAACUUUAGAUCUUGUGUCUGAGGCUCCCAUUUCAAUUGGACGCCAUGCUGGAAAAUUUCAACCCAAGCUUAGAGUGAAGAAAGGAAAAGAGAAUCCAAACAUCCCUCACUCUGAAGUUGAGUCCACCACACUUGCAGCUUGUGAAAAUUUCGGAACGGGUGAAAUGGAUGAGAGCUCACUUUGUACCAUUCCGCCAGGAGAUGUUCAUGAUCACAUAAAUCCCACUUUUGGUGAUUCUAUAGCCCCAAAUCCAACCCCCAAUUUCCAAGAAAAUGCAGAAAGCCUUGCAGAAAUUACUCAGUUAGAUGAGGCUGUUUUUGGGGAUGCUGCCCAUUCUGAGGGUGUUUGUGGGAGGGGUCACAAGAGUGGAAAUGGAAAAGCUUCUACAGUAUCAAAUCAUCCUCAGAAGCGCAAAGGUUCAGCAGCUGAUGAGGCUAAAGAUGGGACAUCAUCCAGGAAGUCAAGGAAGCGGUUACCCCGUCAACAAGUUGAUGAGCCAGGGAACAACACUAACGAGGGCAGCUUCAAUGCUGAAAAUUCUAGUGAUUUUGAUGGCAAUGAAGAUAGGGAGAAUAAUACAGAACAGAGAAAAAGAGCCCCAAGAAAGUCCAAGAUACCUGUAUCUGAAAAUGAAAAACCAGUUAAAAAGCGUAAAAGCACCAAGAAAGCACCUGAUCAACCAACCGAAGACCCGACCAAAAAGAAGUUCUCCCAUUCAACUCGUAGAAAUAGAAGACAUGUGGACAAGUCUUUGCUUGAGAUCCCAGAGGAUGAAAUUGAUCCUCAAAAAGUGCCUAUGAAGGAUCUUAUUCGGCUAAGAGAGUAUAGGGAGCGCUUAGCGAUUAAAGAGGCAGCAAAGUUGAAAACUCCAGCGUCCAAUCAUAGUUACUUGAGUUGUUAUAUAUAAAUCACUAAUGUCUGGUGAGAUCUUUUUUAUUUUCCCAUCUUUUCAGGAUUGAUAGCAUAAUUUUUGCUGGGGAUCGUGAUGAUAUAUGAUUCAUAUGAUAUAUGAUA